GUGAAGCUGCCAAAGCUAGAAAUAAUGAAGUUUGACGGCGAUAAAAUGAAGUGGCAGAGAUUUUGGUGGCAAUUUGAAACAGCUGUACACGAAAGAACCGACUUGAACGAAAAUCAGAAAUUUACGUACCUUCUGUCAUCACUAACCGGAAAAGCGGCAGCUGCUGUAGAGGGACUACUGUUUUCCGACAGUAACUAUGGUAAUGCCAUUGAUCUACUCAAGCAGAAGUACGGAAAAGAUGACGUGCUGGCAGAAAUGCAUAUGUAGGAAUUAACUAACUUGAAUACAGUGGCAAGCUGCAAUGACCAUGAUGGUUUAAGAAAGCCGUCACAAAAGGUGCAGGUGCACAUACGUGGAUUGGAAUCCUUAGGAUUGAAAAGCGAGUCCUAUGCAUCGAUGUUGCUUCCGAUCCUGAAAAGAGCUUUACCAGUGGAUCUGCACAUUGGAUUUCAGUUAAAAUAAAGGGAAGUGAUCAGUAGAUCUUCAGCACAAGAUCAGAACGUGGCUUUACGUCAAGAAGACAUUCUUAGGUGUUUGAUGAAAUACAUAGAAGAUCAGGUAGAAUGCAGAGAAGAAUUGUCAACAGAAAAGAAAGAAAGCUACGGCAACAGAACGGAGAGUAAACCGCAGACAAGAACUGUUAAUUUUCAUAGUACAGCUGCAAAGUUUUGCAUAUUUUGCGAGAAUACUACUCAUUAUACUGAUGAUUGUAGGAGAACGAUGCCUUAUGAAGAUAAGAAAAUGAAGCUCAAAGAGGCAAACAGAUGUUUCCGCUGUACCAGGCUUCGCCAUACUGCUAAAAUAUGUAAGACAAAUAUUAGGUGCAAGAUAUGUCGAAAAUGGCAUGCGACGUCUAUGUGCCGAAGCAAAGAACUGACUGCACAGUGUAUAGCAUCUACUCCGGGUGAAAUCAGGAAGGGAAAACAUCUACUUGCCAGUUUAUGAACCUCACAUCAAGUGUUUUUCUGCAGACUGCAGUUGAAUUAGCAGAAGGUAGAAGACAGUCAUAUUGUUGUCGUAUUCUGCUGAACGUCAAGGCAAGCCUCGAGAAGCAGUAUUCUCAGGAGAAAAUGGCACUCCUCUCUGAGCAGAUGGUACGUACCAAGGAGCUGCUGAGCAAGCAUCGGGAAGAAGUGGAGCAGCUAGAGAAAACGGCGGAGGCAAGGCUAGCUGACGAGCGGAAACGCAUGACGGAAGAGCUGGACGUCCUCCGUUGCAGCCUCCGGGAAAAGGAGCAGGCUCUUAGCCGGUGUGACAAUGAACAGCAGGCAAAGGCUUCUGCUGAUAUGACAAAGCUUAUCAACAAACACGGUGAAGUGGUCCAAAAACCGUCCUCUGCCCUCGAGGUAGAGCGGGAAAAGACAGAGUCAUUCCGCAGUCCACUUGAUUCCCUCAAGAAAGAUAUGGACGAAAUCGUAGAGCUUGCAGAGAGCAUCACAAGGGCCAGCUUGGACUCGACGGUUGAGCAAAGCACUGCAAUCAGACGACUUGCAGAAGAGAAUGCGACGUUGUGACGAGAGGCGGAAGCAGCACGCGCCGAAUAUGAGUCUAUGCUCUUUGAGGAGAAGUCUAGGCUGAAAGAUGAAGUGGAGACUGUUCGUGCCGAGUACGAGUCUACACUGCAGAAUCUUGAGGAGAAGCUCCGAGGGACCGAGGUCGACCACAGGAGACAUCUGAAGGAACUGCUAGCAAACCAGGAGCGGUACCAGGAAGAAGUAAAGUUGAAAGACGAAGAGCUAUUUCUACUGAAGCACGAAGUGGAGCAGUACGCUGACACGCUUAGUUCGCAGAGGCUGAAGUAUGACCAGGAGCUGGAAAACAUCGAACGAAGUCUGGAGGCCAAACACGCUGCCGAGAUCGAGUCACUCAAGUCAGAGCACAGGGAAAACGUUGAGGUGCUGAGAGAGAGUCUGCAACGAGAGCUGCUGGUACACAAUAUUAAUAAACUCAUGCUGCAUGGCGGAAUAAGCGUCACAUUGUCUAAGUACUGGAUAAUACAAGGGAAACGGCUGGUGAAGAAGAUAAUUCAUGAAUGUCUGAGGUGUCAACGAUUUGACGCUACACCGCUGCACCAGGAAACAGCCCCACUUCCUGCUGACAGAGUCAACGAGCGACAACCAUUUGAAGUGAUCGGUGUGGAUUUCGCUGGUCCGUUACUUAUAAAAGAGGCGAUGAAAGGCACGACAAGACAGUAUGUUGAAAUAUUUGUAUGUGCUACUACUCGAGCUGUACAUUUCGAAGUUGUUGACAACACGACAACAGAAGCAUUCUUACAUGCAUUCCGAAGAUUUACAGCGAGACGAGGGUUAUGUUGCACCAUUUACAGUGACAACGCUAGGACGUUCAAGAAGGCCGACAGAGACAGCAACUGUAUGAUUACAGAACUACAGGACGAAGUCUCCAAAAGAGCAACCCAAGGAGAUCAAAUCAAAUGGAAGUACAUCGCAGAACAAGCGCCUUGGUUGGGAGACUUUUAUGAAAGGUUGGUACGAAGCAUGAAAUUAGCGAUGAGGAAAGUUAUUGGAAAAAGACUGUUAUCAAGAGAAGAGAUGCAAACAACAAGUGAAGUUUAAGCUAUGCAUAAUAGGUGGAAAGCAUAGGAUUAAAGACAACCGAUGGUGAAAAAAGGGUCAACAUAGAAGAAAUGUGCAGAAGCAAGCAAAAAAUCACGAAAGAUUGGUGGAAAAGAUGGAACAGGGAAUAUCUGAAAGAAGUGAGAGAACAGUGUAACGCAAGAAAGCAAGAAAUGACAGUAAACCAAGGAUAUAUCGUUUUGAUCGGCGCACGCACUCCUAGAUCCUUCUGGAACCUGGCUAAGGUCAUUGAAGCAUAUCCUGGAGUCAAUGCGAAGCCGCGCUCCUGUCUCUUAAAAACGAAAAGAAUACUCGGUAGGAGACCAGUACAACAUCUUUACACACUUGAAGGCUGCUUCCAAUGAUGAGAAGAAAGCUUUUCGCGGCCGGAAGCUGUUGAAACUCAUGGAAGCGGACAAGAAGAGAAAGACGGGCUCCAGAGGCGCGCGCGCUCUUACGAAAGCAAUAAAGAAAAAGAAGAAUCUUGAUUCCGUUCGCAUCGAACGCAGGUGUCUCGUCUCGUUUCUGCAACAGAAGUUGCAUCUACUAAGGACCUACUCCAUUAGUCAUAUUCAUAGCAACCACACUGAAUCAAAUUUGUAUUUAUGAAAUAAAGUGCGCAUUUUUU